AUGGAACCAUUGCUAUCGCGCCUGAUCGUCCAAGCAGCACCUCGAGCCAGCAUUUCACAUAAGACAUCUUGGACAGCGACAUGUCGCGUGCCUACUGCAUACACGAACCACACCACAUCGCCUCGAUCUUUUACCACAUGUCCUGCACGCCGGCUGCCUAAGGAGCGGAAACAUUUCGAUACGCAAUCGGCGCCAGACAGCUCCUACUCCAAGCCUGCCGGGGACUUGUCGCAAAAGGUGGGCGAAGAGGAGAAGGAUCAUUUCGACCGUGUGGAAGAGCAGAGCAAAAGACUCCAGACCAAGUCGCCAUGGAUGCACGAGGGCAGCGAUGUCGCGCCGGUGUCGAGAAUGCGCAGUGCUGGAGCAAUGACCAAGGGCAAGCUGUUGACCACCCCUUCACGCAUGUUGAAGCUCAUCCUGCCCAUGACCACGCGCGACUUGAACCGAGAUCGGAAAGAUGUCGAGCCGUUGGCCCUACUGGUCCACCCUCAGCAGCCAUUGUCGUACCUUGAACGCCUGAUACAAAGUGAGCUGCCUUUCAUGUGGGAUGAAAAGAAGGGUCGCGAGAGAGCACCAGAGAUCGUCUUUCGUGCUCAAGAUAGCAUGGAAGAGGACACCGGGAAGGAUGCCAAAGAAGAUGAGCUCGCGGAGAAGAAAGAUGAGGGGCUCGACGGGGCGCAAGAAGAAAUGGUCGAUGGCAAGCGCGAACGUACGGGCAAAAUCAAGGGCCGUGAUCCGAAGGAACAAGAUGUCGGCACAGCGCGACUUCGCGACGAUCCCGGACAGGAGGACGAGCCGGAAGAUCACUUUAACUUUGUGAGAUGGAGUCCGAGCACUGAGAUUGGCGACUUCAUAAGAGAUGCUGCCCGAGGCAAGGAGUUCGCAGUGGAUAUCGAAGGUGCUCCUGAGCCCAUCUAUGUCGGUGUACCGUCGUUCAAGGAUCGCACCUACUACCUCCGCAUGAGGCUGCAAAAGAUAUCGAAGCAAAUCUCAUCGAUGACACGCCUCAAGGAGGAAUGCGACGAGCUAGCGCAUCGUGGCGCGAAGCGGGUGGCAGGCUUGGGCUUUGCUGGUCUGCUGAGUUGGUGGGGAGUCGUCUACUAUCUGACCUUCCAGACUGAGCUGGGCUGGGAUGUGAUGGAACCCGUAACCUACCUCGUCGGACUGUCUGGUCUUAUUGGCGGUUACAUGUGGUUCCUCUACCACAAUCGCGAAGUCUCGUAUCGAAGCGCCAUGAAUUAUACCGUAUCCAGGCGCCAGAGUAGGCUGUACAACGCGAAAGGCUUCAAUCUGCCGCAGUGGGAGAUACUGAUUGAAGAGGGCAAUCGACUUAGAAGGGAGAUUAAGCUGAUCUCGGAUGAGUACGAUGUUGAGUGGGACGAGACCCAAGAUGAGGGCGAUGAGAAGGUCAGGGAGGCUCUACGUAAGGAAAGGAAGAAGGCCGAGGCUAAGAAAGACAAAGCGGACGAGAAGGAGAAGGAGGGUGAUGAUUGA